UUUGACUCCGCCUCUGAAGCGCUGAAAGUGUGUCACUAGGUUAAAAUGAGUCCAGCCCGCUCAUAGAGACUGAAACAGACGGACAAGAACAUUCAGUUCUAGCUGAACAAGCGCACGAGUCUGAUGGAAUAAUACAUUCAGUGAUACAUUCAGUGAUCCAUUCAGUGAUCUGAGGAUACAUUGUUACAUUGUCGCCUCUAAGCAGCUCUAGACGGGCGACUUACAACUGACUGCGAGUUACACAUAAAGCUGUCAACCUGGAAUUAUUUUUACCGGGAGAACUGUUAAUAUCAAGAUCUCUUUGCAAUUCUGAAGAGUCAAAAUAUGGACGCAGCAAAACAAGGAGGCGUCAUAGCGUACGUUUGCUCCACAAGGUCCGCCCCCAGCCCUGAGUCAUGCAUGAGUGACGGCUCAAACAGCCGCUCCCCUUCAUCCUCUCCACCUCUGCUCAUCAAUCCGAGCCGUAAUACAGACCUGCUCACCGUUGGACAACUCUCCAAGCAUGCUCACCCACGCAGCCAUACCUCUGACAAGACCGGGACGACACUUUCCGGCAAAAGCAGCAUCACAAAGCUCAAUGGAAUGGUGCUACUGUGUAAGGUGUGUGGAGAUGUGGCCUCGGGCUUCCACUAUGGUGUGCAUGCCUGUGAAGGUUGCAAGGGUUUCUUCAGAAGAAGCAUCCAACAGAAUAUUCAGUACAAGAAAUGUCUGAAAACGGAGAGCUGCACUAUUGUGCGAAUAAACCGUAAUCGCUGCCAGCAGUGCCGCUUCAGGAAGUGUUUAUCAGUCGGGAUGUCGCGAGACGCUGUUCGAUUCGGACGUAUCCCCAAACGGGAAAAACAGCGCAUGCUUCUGGAGAUGCAGUCGACCAUGGACAGCAUGAUGAACAACAAUCAACUGCAGUGUAUGCUUCACAGCACACAGACCACACCGUGCAAUAUCGAGACCAGCCAGAGUGACUCCAGCUUUUCCUCAUCACCGCCGCCAGUUUCACCGCAGGCCUUUUCGGAUCCUUGCCGGGACUCCGAAUCAGUCAUUCCCAUGGAUACAUCCAUGAGUUCUGCGUCGUCCUGUUCAUCGGACAGCGGCGAGGAAGAUGCAGUGAGCAAUGGAGCUGUUCGGAGUGAGGACCUGUUCACGUACAUCAGUUCAGUUUCACCGGCCAGCUCAGAAACCCUGAGCUGUAGUAGCAAGGACGAGGAGCAACAGCGCGAAUGCUGGAACCGUUUGAACGGAAGUAGUGUCGUUGACAUCCAGCGACGCUCCGACUGCGAAAACGGCCUGCAAGGCACAACUGCAUCUUACAGGGAACAUGUUACUGAGUACCAAGUGACCCAACAGAGCAGUCGAAGCCUUAGUAGAGGUCAGCAAGAAAACAUUCCUUACCACGUACACAACGGGAACAGCAUCAACGAACUCCAAAGAAGAGGGCAUCUGGUAUGUCCCAUGAAUUAUUCUCCCUUCGUGGACCCUUGCAAGCCCGGUCAUGAAAUCUGGGAGGAGUUUUCCAGAGGUUUCAUCCCUGCUGUCAGAGAAGUCGUGGAAUUUGCAAAGCGGAUCCCCGGCUUUCAGGAUCUCUCCCAAAAUGACCAAGUCAACCUUCUGAAGGCUGGAACAUUUGAGGUGUUGAUGGUGCGGUUUGUGUCUUUAUUUGAUGUGAAAGAGCGGACUGUGAGCUUCCUCAGCGGCAGGAAGUACAACGUGGACUUAUUGCACUCUUUGGGUGCUGGAGAGCUGCUCAACUGUAUGUUUGAGUUCAGUGAGAAACUGACCGCCCUGCAGCUUAACGAGGAGGAGAUGAGUCUCUUCACCGCUGUGGUUCUGGUGUCUGCAGACCGGACAGCCAUUGAGAACAUAAACGCUGUGGAGGUCUUGCAGGACACUCUUAUCAGAGCUUUGAGGAACCUGAUCAUGAAGAACCACUCGAGUGACUCGGCCAUCUUUACCAAGCUGCUGCUAAAGCUGCCUGAACUGCGCUCGCUAAAUAACAUGCACUCAGAGGAGCUGCUAGCCUUCGAAAUCCAACCUUAAACCAACAUGUGCUUCCUCUACUUUCUGUCUGACCAACGUUGGUUGAACAUUUUACUCUUGAAUGUAUUUAACAGGCUUGAAGUGUUGAAAUAACACACCAUUUUUUUGUGUGAAUAAAGACCCUUUGACUACUGCAUACUGAAACUGUAGUCUUAGCUGUACUGCUAAAGCAGGCAUUCAAAUGGUUAAAAUUAUAUUAGAUAUUGUUUUAUUUGUGGAACCACUCUGUUGUCUUGCCAAAUUUAAGAUCACACUUUUGUUAACAUUAGCUAGACUCCAAUAUUUUCAAGCAGAGCUUGGAAUAUUAUGUGCAAUAGCUGCUAAUGCAUUGCUAUUCAUAAGAGCAGCUUCAUGUUGUAUCCCGUUUAAUAGACUAUGUUGUCUUUAGAAGACUUAUGUGUUGUAAAUGUAUGUAUAAAUAUAUUUGAUGUGAUGUCAUUGUUUUCUGAAUGUUUGUCUGUUGCUAGCAGUCUUGAUGCAUGUUAGCAUCAUUUUAACCUGUAUAACAGGUGUGAUGCUUUUGCACGGGGUGUUCGGAGGUUUGCACGCGCAUUCGCGACCACGACACCAUAAUGGCGGUGCACCGGAAGAACGGAUCAGCCUAUCAGUUGUAAUUUGUGAGCGGUGUCACUUUAAAUGAGUAGAGGACAAUGUUUUACAUUUUUUGAGGUGUUGUGUGUCUUCCAAUAUGCAUUCGGAAGCAAAGUUGACAUAAAGUAUGUUUCGUGCACAAUUUGAAAGAGAUGGAAUUGUAUUUAUGGUUUGUACUGAUGUAUUAGGAUUGCCUUACAACUCUUUUCCACGUGGACACAAAUAACUUUUUUCUUGCGCGUUUUAUCAGAGCAGGGAAACAAUGUUAAAAUCCCAGUUUUUUGGGGAUACACUGCUCCUGGUUUAUUCUAUGCAUAUUGAAACAUUUUGACUAUAUGGGCAUUUACUCAGUAAUACAGUUAUAAUAGUAAGAGAUACAGUAAUAUUCCUUUGUUCAAAUUUGGUGUUCAUGUCAUUUUUGUUUCUAAAAUAAUAUUCUAUUAAUCUUCUAAUUUCUAAAGUAUGUAUAGUUGAAAUCUACCGAUAUAAAGUAAAUCAAUAAAUAAUUACUUUCCA